UGGCCACCCAUGGCCAUGGUACCCGCGCCGCACGAUGUUUUCUGCUUUUGACGUUUACUUUUGUCGUUUAUUUACGUCUUUCAAAGUAGAACCGCGCACGAAAGGGACACCAAACGAUCAACGAUUUGCACUGAAUUCUUUUAAUUUGACUGUCUUCCUCGGAUUUAAAUUCUUAUUCUUUUAUUUACUUUACGGCUAUUUAUAGUCUCUCCUCAAAGUCGAAGCAGUGGCCAGUGCACUGGAAUAAAACACAUAUUUCUAUAUGUGGGACAACGGUCAUUAGACUAUUUAGAGCUUUCUGGUGUCAUCAAAUUUCUUGCCAUGGGAUUGAUCUGCUGCAUGGUUGGCUGCUCCAGCAGCUCUUACCAUUUGAAUAAGUGGUACUCCCAACUCUGUGAAAUCCACGGACUUAAAUUUGGGAGCUGCAUAUGCAAGCCUCCAUUUCAACUAUUUACAUUUCCUUUGGAAAGCAAAGAUCCUGAUGCUCGGAGAAGAUGGAUUAGAAUCGUUAAUAGGCAGACAGAAAAGGCUGGUCAUUGGAAACCAAAACAGUGUCAUAGGGUAUGCUCCCUUCAUUUUAAUGAUAACGAGCCAACAUCUGCAUGGCCUGAUCCAACAAAGAAACUUGGUUAUGAGCUAGACAAAUCUAAAGCGAAAUCUCCGAGAGCGGCACCAAAGGAGAGACCUUACUCUGAAGUGGUCAAGCAACAAAGACAGAAACGCAAGCGGAAAUAUGUAGCUCCCCACACUGAAUCGAUGCCAGACAUCGAAAUAACAGGUCCUGUAGAUAAUACGGUUUCUCAAGUUGAGAGUGAAGACCACUUAGGUAUUCCAGAAGCAGUACCAUAUUUGAAACCACUCCUGCAAGAUCAUGACUAUAUCAAUACUACAUGGGAUAGCACUCUUCCUGCAAAGAGAUUGAGACCGGAAUCUACAUGUACAUCAAGGAAUGACAUUGCUCUUCAUGACCAUGACUAUGCUGAACCGUCAACAUCAUCAUCUGAGAACUGUAGUGAGUGCAGUAAAAAAGAAGCCCAGCUAAUGGAAAUGAAUGAGAAGUUGAAGAAACUUGAACAAAAAAUAAAGAACCUGAAAAGGUUGCCAAAGCGCAGUGUAUCGUAUGAUAUAACUUAAGUCUGAUAAAAUAGUGAAGGACUAUACUGGAAUAGAGAGUAGAGAUAGAUUUGUAGCACUUCAUACAUAUGUAGAACCAAGAGUUCAAAAGCUAUGUUACUGGACAGGAACAAAGAAGGAAAGUUCACCCAGGUCAUCACCAAGAGCAAAACGUAUUGGAACACCUCAGAAGCCAGGUUCCGCAAGGCCACUGAACAGUAGACAAGAGUUUAUCUUGGUGUUGAUGAAACUAAGGCUAGCACUAACUGUCUCUUUCUUGGUAGACUUAUUUCAUGUCACAAGCAGUACAGUAUCUCAGAUCUUUACAACAUGGACAAAGUUCUUAGCAGCUGAUCUAAAGCCAUUAAUUCAUUGGCCUGACAAGCUAUCAAUCCAAAUGACAAUGCCAAAGUC